GCUAAUAACUACUUGUCUAACUGGUGGUGAUGGUAAAAAGGGAGAGCAUCCAUUUUUAAUGAUUAAUAUUGAGACAGUGUUUUGGUGACCUCACUUGCUUAAAGGCAGAGAUUAAUUUCAACUCUCAAACACCUGUUUUAAAAUCCUCAAAAAAAGGAUAUUUUUAUGUUUUCAGAAAACAAAAUGUGCUAACAAAGAGGACCAAACUAUGUAUUGGGAUAAGAAGUAUAUUUCAUAACAACAGAUGUUCCUCAUGGUCACACAGACAGCAAAUCUUGUCCUUGGCAUUAAGAGAACAAUAACCAGCAAGCGUUUAAAGAAUGAAAACAAAUUAUAUAUUUUCUAGCUCCAGGAUAAUAAUUAAAAGGUGCAAGUGUAAAAGUUGAAAUAUUCUCAAGUGUUAAUGCCUACCAUUACCCCUUGAAAUAUGGGUCAGACACAAUAAUUUGUCAAUAACAAAUACCUUGAGCUAUAAAAUUAGUGGGCACGAUUACCUUAUGUUAUAAUUUAAGCAUCAAGCAUAGCGAGUGUAAGUUAUAGCAGUAAUUAGUGUAAUAAAGCAAAACUUGAAAACACCAAAAAAAAAACAAUUCUGUGACUAGAUAAGCUUCUGUACCCCCUGUACCUUUGCCAGUUUUGACUAACCUGUUUGCUAGUUGUGUGGCAUGAUGGUACAGUGGUGGAGCUUCAGCCUCACAAAUCUAGCAUCUUGGAUUAAAAACCUUGCAUCCAGCUGUUGUCCAUGUUGAAUCUGCACUUUCUCUCUGGGGAAAGAGAAGUUCCACAAGUCACAGCACUUUGAUAUUUCUAAUGGAACUCCGAUGAUGGUAGGUGAGGAGAAGCCGGGCAUCGGUGGCGAGUUGCUGCCUGGGCAAACGAUUCGACCCAAAUUCUCAGUCUACCCCAAGGGGGAUGGCAGUGCUCUUCCAUCCUGGGUUGCUUUUGAUAAACAGGUACUCUGCUUUGAUGCCUACUUUACAGAGCCUGUGCCUGAAAGUAGAGAAGAGCUCUCCAGAGUCAGGUACUGCAGAAUAUAUUUUUACUUGGAGGAUGACAGUAUUCAAGUUGUUGAGCCAGAGAUUCAAAACAGCGGGAUACCACAAGGGACGUUAAUUCGGCGGCAUCGUAUCCCUCUUCCACCACCCAACGAUGACCAGUUUUAUACAGUGGAGUGUUUCAACCUAAACAUUAAAGUUGUAUUUUACUCCAGAACCUUCAACAUAAUCAACUGUGACCAAUUUACCAGUAACUUUUUGCGAAAGCUUGGGGUGCGCUUGAAUUCUCCAGUUUUACCUCCUGGGGAUUCUUACAAUUCCAUACGGCAACAAAUGAAGGACAGUAUGAAGCCUUUAAGGCCUCUUGAGCGCAUUGAUACCCUAAAGCAGUUUUUGGAACAUGACCGGGAAGUCCUUCGGUUCUUCUGCCACUGGGAUGACACAGAUGAGAUGUUUGGGGACUCUCGGGAGCUUAUUCUUCAUUACUUUCUUGCGGAUGAUACUGUUGAGGUUCGAGAGGUGAUCAAACCCAAUUCUGGAAGAGACUCCGGACCUGUAUUCCUGCUUAGGAGUAAGUUACCCAAGCCUUCAUCAAUGAGGAUGCUAAAGCCUGGUGAAAAGACAGCUCGCACAGUCCUGAAUGUGUUUGGCCCUAUGGGACAAGGGGGACGCCACAUUCUGGAUAGUCUGAAGACUGGAGCUGUUCAUGAGGAAUUUUACAAGGACUCUGAUUUUAUAAUUGGUGCUACGAUAAAUGUGUGGGGAAGGAACAUUAUCAUCUAUGACUGUGAUGCAUUCACUCAGGAACACUACCGGACAAAGUUUGGAAUUGAUAACUUUACUCCAUUCACCUUCAAGCAAUCUGUUACUCGUAAAGUAGAGAGAGAGAUACCACCUUACAAUGGCUUUGGAUCAGAAGAAGAUUCUCUUUGUUCAUGUCAAGGUCUUCUACCUAAACCUCCACAGAAAGAUUUCAAGAAGAUGAUGGAGAAAGACAGACAAGGACUGGAGAGCAAUGUCUUACGAUAUGUUGGCAGACUUGUGACUGAUUCUCCAAUUGAUGUAGAGCGAAUAUUUAUUAUAUCUUAUUUUCUUGCUGAUGAUACCAUUUCUGUGUUUGAACCUCCACAGACAAACUCAGGUGUAAUUGGAGGAAAGUUUUUGGAAAGAAAUCGGAUCAAGAAGCCAGAUCAAGAACUUUUCAAGAGUGAGCUCUCAGAAUACUUUAAGGCAGAGGAUCUAUAUGUGGGGGCUAGAGUAUGCUUUUAUGGACAAAACUUCCAGCUGAUGAAUGCUGAUGAGUAUACCUUUAACUACAUGGAAAGACACCCAGAUGAGUUUCCCAAAGCUGAUAUAGCUACCAUAUUAAGCAAGCUAAAAAACAUUGCUGAACCAAAACUGAAGGAUAUCCGAAUGUCAUUUGUAAAGAACGAUCCAUCCAACACAGGAACUAUUUUAUAUGGUCCUUUCAGGAAUCUCCUUGCAGAGGUGGCAGAGGGUCAACUUAGUGAACAUGAGAUCAUGACUGUUGGGCGCCACUAUAGUAGUCGGGAGCAGCGUGAAAUAGAUAUUAAAUUCCUGCUUGCUAUGGCUCAGGAGCAGCUGAGGAGAAAAGGUUUUGAGGACUUCCCCCGACUGUUGAACUACUUCAUACACAAAGAUAAAGCCAGGAAAGGCAUGCUUCCAACUGAGGAAUGCAGGACAAUUUGCAAAGCCUUCAAGCUACCUGUAGCUGAUGAUCUUCUGAGAGCCAUUCUGGCAAAAUUUGAAAGUGAAGACAAUCAACUAGAUUACAAUGUGUUUUUGUCAGAAAUAAAUUGGAGGGACAAUCCUUUACCUUUCUAUCAAUCGGAAACACCAGUUAAGUUUGUUCCCGACUGGAAUGGAGAAUCCAGCCCUCAUGCAGUGAUAAGUAUCAGCUACAAGAUUCUAAUAGAGGAUGUCUUUGGGAAACAAGACUGAGCUGUUAAUAAUCUUUUUGCAGAGUUUUUCUGUGUAAUGGCAUCACAAAACCUUUAACGGUGUGAUUAUUACCUGGCUGCUUUUACUAGGCUAUUUUCCAUUUAAUAAAACUAUAUUUUGA